AUCUUACCCACUUUCCUCCACGUCACCGGAUUCACUCACCCCUCCUAACUCUCUCUUCCGCUCUCAUCACCCCUCCUCUCUAUCACCUCGCAAUUCAUACUCGUCGCGCGAUCCCGCGCACCCCGCCAAGAUGGAUAUGAACCAUUUGAUAGGUCAGCGCUUCAACCUCAUUUCUAAGAGCGAGAUUCGCUAUGUCGGCACACUUCACGAAAUCAAUCCCGAAGCCUCCACGAUAGCUUUGGAAAACGUGCAGUCAUUUGGCACAGAGGGGCGCCGCAAGAACCCAGCGGAGGAGGUUCCCCCUUCUUCGACUGUUUACGAAUACAUCGUCUUCCGUGGUAGCGAUGUGAGCGAUAUCAGCAUCGCCGACGAAGAGACCAAGGAGAACGCACAGCCCGAGCCUCCCCGGGUUCCUGAUGACCCUGCUAUUCUUGGGAACGUGUCGCGAUCGGGUCCUAUGCCGAACCCUUCGAUGGGACCUUCCGCCCCAGGCCUUCCUUCUCAACCACCCUCUCAACCUCCUCAGGGAGCUCAGCAGACGCCUCCCGGAUACCCUCCACAGCAACCAUUCGAGCAGCAAGGUUUCUACCCGCCCUACGGACAACAACGCUUCAAUGGGCCCCCACCUCCUUUCCCCCCCGGCCCUGGAGGUCCCGGUGGCUUCCCUGGCAAUAUGCCGUUUGGCGCUCCUCCCCCCGGCUGGUUCCCUCCUCCUGGCCAUGGCUUUCCUCCCGGUGGGCCUGGUCAGUUCCCUCCUCAGAUGCCCCUCAGUGCGCCAGGACAGCCACCACAGCAGCGUCCAGGCCCUCCUGGUGUGCCCACCCCUCAAGCCACCUCCGAGCUGCCUGGUGGAGACCAGAAGCCCACUAGCCGCAACGCGACUCCUGCGGCCCAGAAUGCGCCUACUCCGCCCAUUGAGUCCAAGCCCCCUGUAGCCGAGGCCGUGCAUGGAUCUGGACACGCUGCUGCCGCCCAAAAGUCUGGCCGCGUCAUGCCAGCUAUCCCAAUUGCUGCGCCCCGGUCUGUCGCUCCCGCCUCUAGUGCAGCUCCGAUCGAUGCCACCGCCGCGGCAACUCAGGCCGUUGCGGCCGCGAUGGCCAAGCUGCCUCAGCCUGGUGCUCAGAAGAAGCCCGGCCAGGACGCCUCGGUUGAUGCUCUUGCACGCAAGAUGAACGAUAUGCAACCCUACAACGGACCUCGUGCUCCGCGUGGUGGUCAUCACCAACACCCGCAGCACCAGCAGCACCCGCAACACCAGCAACACCAGCAGUACCAGCAGCACCCUCGUGGAGGUCGCGGUGGUGUUCGCGCCCCCCACAAGAAGAUCGAAGUUCCCGAGUCCGACUAUGACUUUGCAACCGCCAACGCCAAAUUCAACAAGCAGGAUCUGAUCAAGGAGGCUAUUGCCACUGGCUCCCCCGCCGCUGAUGCUGAAGCUUACGAUCUCGCCCACCAGCCCGAGGCCGAAGCCAAUGACUCUGCGGCCGCCACUUCUCACAAUCUCUACAAUCGCUCCACAUCAUUCUUCGAUAACAUCUCUAGUGAGGCUCGUGACCGCGAGGAGAAUUCCGCUCGCGUUGGCGGCCGCGAAUGGCGUGGUGAGGAAGAGAAGCGCAACAUUGAAACCUUCGGACAAGGUAGCGUUGAUGGCUACCGCGGACGUGGACGUGGUUAUGGCCGUGGCCAACGGGGUGGCCGCGGUUAUGGAGGUCGUGGUCGCGGGUUCAACAACAAUCGUGGCUAUGGUGGCCGCGGUGGUUCCCGCGGCGGUCGCCCUCCCUCGCAAUCUACCGGUGUGCCCUCGCAGGUUUAACUCCAGCCAUCUGCCAUUCUGCACUCUUCGAAAUGAUUGCAAUGUCUUUCCUUUUCUUUUUUUUCUCCCUCUUCUCCAUUCCUCUGUUCACCUCGUGGGUUGACCAGACCUAUGAACGAAAUGAUUGACUAUGCUUGGAUCUUUCUCGUCUCUUUGGCGCAAUGGGAAUAAUCAUGGUAUGGGGCAUUCUGGGAUGGCAAUAUGACAAUGUCUUUUUUUCUGCGACAGCAACUGGUGUUUUAUGUUUCUCCUUUUUUUGGAUUUCCGAUCUCUUUUUUCUCUGUAAAGCAUACCCCCCUUAUUCAGCGUCGGCUCCUGAUAUCCAUCUAGUUCCAGGCGGAUAUCUACCAUCUUUUGUGUGAUGGCUUUCCAGCAGGUGAUACGAUGUGGGGAGACUUUGAUGUGCACAACGUCAAUACAGGACAGAAGCACAUGGUACUUCGGUCACGGUCGGCUCUAGUUUGAGGUUUGGCCCGUUUUCAUGCAAAUGUACCAUAAAGGAUAUUAUUAUCCGGAGGAAGACUCCGUUCAAUAACUUGAAAAGGAAAAAGAGGACCGUUCUGGUCUAUACAUGAUCUCCCUUUGCUCUGUACUUGGCAGGUCGUUCUAUGAACCAUAUAAGCUUUUGAGCUACUGUACAAAUGUC